AUGUCUCUGGGUCAGAAGAGUGGGCACUGCAAGCUUGAGGGAGACCUUCAGACCCCCAGAGAGGCACAGGGCCUAGAAGGUGUGCAGGCUCCCAUGGCUGAGAAGGAAGAGUCCUCCUCCUUCCCCUCCUCUCCCUCGUCCUCCCUCACUCCUUUGAUCCUGGGCACUCCAGAGGAGGUGCCUGCCACUGGGGCACUGAGUCCUCUCCAGAGUUCUCAGAGAGCCUGCUUCUCACCCACUGCCACCACAGCCACUCCAUCGCGUCAGUCUGAUGAGAAUUCCAGAAGCCAAGAAGAGGAGGGGCCCAUCACCUCCCAGGCUCCACCAGAUCCUGAGUCCUUGCUCAGUGAUGAGCUAAACAAGAAGGUGGCUGAACUGGUGCAGUUCCUGUGUGUCAAAUAUGUAACAAAGGAACCCACCACAAAGGCAGAAAUGCUAACAAAUGUCAUCAAAGAACACAAGGACCACUUCCCUGUGAUCUUCAGCAAAGUCUGUGGGCGCAUGGAGGUUGUCUUUGGCAUUGAAGUGAAGGGAGUGGACCCCACCAGCCACUCCUAUGUGCUCGUCAAAACACUUGACCUCACCUACGAUGGGAUGCUGAAUGAUGACCAGGGCAUGCCCAAGACCGGCCUCCUGAUACUUAUCCUGGGUAUGAUCUUCAUGGAGGGCAACCGUGCCCCUGAGGAGAAAAUCUGGGAAGUGCUGAAUAUGAUGGGGGUAUAUGCUGGGCAGGAGGAUUUCAUCUACGGGGAGCCCAGGAAACUCGUCACCAAAGAUUUGGUGAAGGAACAAUAUCUAGAGUACCAGCAGGUGUCUGACAGUGAUCCUCCGCACUAUGAAUUCCUGUGGGGUCCAAGGGCCUAUGCUGACACCAGCAAGAUGAAAGUCCUGGAGUUUUUUGCCGAGAUCAGUGGGUCUGACCCCACUUCCUUCCCAUCAUGGUAUGAGGAAGCUUUGAAAGAUGAGAGAGCCCAGGCCAGAGCUGCCACCGGGGAUGAUACUAGUGCCACAGCCAGUGAAAGUUCCAGUGUCAUGCCCAGCAGCCUCUCCUGCCCUGAGUAAAGUCCGAAGCAGAUUCUUCAGUCUUCGUUUGAAGACAACAGCCAAUGUUCUACGUAGUGGAGGGCCAGAGUGGAUCUGGAAGGAACAGUGUAUAGCAUCUUUGUGUUCCUGUUGUAUAUGGUUGAUUUCGAGAUUUAUCUUUUUUUUUUUACUUUGGCUUUUUUUCAAGUAUUGUUUAAUUAGCUCCCGAAUCUAAGUUUAUGAAUGACAGUGGUCACACAUUUAUAGCUGUUUAUCGUAUUUAAGAAUAAGAGUUUUACAAUUUUGCAAAACACAUUGAGAAACCCCCCAUCUUUUCUUGUGAUUUGAAACAAAAUAACAAGGCGUUAGAAUAGGAAUUUCCUUGGAAACCUGAAAGAGCCCAACAGUAAAAUUGAGGAGUUCUAGGAAUAGAUGAAAAAAUGUGAAGGAUGGCUAAUUCUUGGGUUCACGUAUCUCUUUUAGUCUGUUGUUAUGUAAAAUUAAAUGAUAUGUACCUGGAUAUGCUUGGCUUAUUCAAGAAUGUGAGAGAAAGUAAAUCUUAAAUCUU